GUUUUUGUUACCGACACACACACACACACACACACACAGACACACCACCCUACCCUCCUGUGAUGCCAACCACUCCAUGGCUGGGCUUGGACGGCGUGUCUGACGAGGCGGUAUAAUCUAAAACCAAACCGGGAUAUCAUGGAGCAGUGGAUGUGUUGACGGAGAUGCGACGGUGCAUGAAAAAGACACUUUGUCUCCACGGCGGAAUGAACUAUGAUCGGCAGUAAACGAGCAGAGGAACACGGAGAGAGAAAUCUGAGUCACUAUAAUCCAUCUGGACACCGGGGGGGAAGAUGAGGACCAUGAUGGCUUCGAUGAAAACAGCAUUAUUCGUAUUUCUACACGGUGUGCUCCAGUACGCCGUGUGUCGUGACGUAACUCUUCCUACUGGAACCCUCUACCGCGUUGCAGGGUUCCCCCUCUCCCUGCCCUGUGCUGUAUCAGGGUACGAAGGCCCACGAACGCAGGAAUUUGAGUGGUUCCUGUACAGGGAUGAUGCUGGUGGGAGGCAAAUGGGAGUGGUGUCCACCAGGGACAAUGGCUUCCCCUAUACCCCGUUCCAGGCCCGGGUGAGGAACGGGGAGGUGAGGGUGGAGAGGGACUCAGGGGACAAGGUCCGGCUGGUGAUCCAGAGGCUUCGGGUCGAAGACCAGGGGAAGUAUGAGUGCUACACACCUAGCACGGACAGCACUUACCUGGGGAACUACAGCGCCACAGUGCCUGUCAAAGUGAUCCCUGACACACUCCAGAUCAGCUUUUCCCGCUCACUCACUGGCCAGCCCGUGCCGGAGGGGGCCGAAUUAACACUGACAUGCUCAGCCGGCAUCCAAUCGGAGCAGCUCACCCAUCUGUCCAUCACGUUUGGAAAGCGUAGUGGCGGAGACGGUUUGGAGAGCGGAGUAGGAGGGGAAGUCAGCACCGUUAGAGAGAUUAUCUCCAUCGACAAGCUGCUGGGGGUCGUCCCCGGACGUUCGUACAAGAAGCGGUACGAUGAUGAAGAGAUCACACUGGAGAAAAGGAACGGGGAGGCUGGACUGGGUCUGUACGUGAUGAAGAUGAGAGGUGUGCAGCCUGACGACACUGGCUCAUAUUUCUGUGAGGCCUCACAGUGGAUUCUUGACCCUGAUCGAUCGUGGCAGAAGAUUGCACAAAGGACCCUGGAUAUUGGCAACUUGACUGUUCGGCAACUAGCGGAGUCUCUGAGUGUAACAUCCUCGCCCAGAGGGGAGGUGACCCUGCAGGUCGGUUCCCCUCUCAUCCUGACCUGUGAGGUGUUGGGGCUGCCGUCUGAAGUAAGUUCGGCCCUGCUGGUUCAGUGGAUGAAGAGGGGAUCUGUAAGCAGUGAUGUAGCUGGGACCGGAGGAGUCGAGGUGGAGGUGGCCCGGAUGAGCCCGGACGGAGUUGUGAGCUGGGGGGACGACCUCAGCCGAGCUAGCGGGGGCUCUAUGGAGAAAGUGGCAGAGGGGAGGUACUCUCUGAAGCUGUUCUCAGCCCGCCCCUUAGACUCAGGGGUGUAUCGGUGUGUGGUGAGUGUGUACGCUGGAAGAAGAAACCCUGGCCCCUCUACUCCUGCAACACUCACCCAGAGGUCUGAGGGAGUCACCGUCAACCUCAAGACCAAAGAUGUGCUAGUUUCAGCUGUGGCUCAGCUCCCUCGAGGUCCCCUGUUAAAAAGAGGCAGCACCAUCACCCUGAUCUGCAACGCCACCGUGACAACCACAGGUCCCGCCCAGGCUCAACUGCAGUGGCUGCGCUGGCCAAUCCCUGAACCAGUUAACAAGAAGGGACAGAGCACAGCAUCUGAUGUUACUCUACCCGACCCCCCUGUUGAGGAAAAACCCAGACUGGUAGCUGCCCUCAUGUACAACGGUGUUGCAAAGAUCUACGCCAACGGUAGCGAGGUUAGCGUCGACCGCCUGUCAGCUGUCAGCUACAGACUGAGGGUCCACACAGCAACAAUGGAUGAUCAGGGCAUGUAUGCGUGUCAUGCCGAGGCGUGGGGGCAGGACCCGCAUGGAGGCUGGUACAACACAGGGGCCAAAGCAGAGUCAAAUACAGUGACUGUGUACCUGUAUGCCAGAGCUGCUGACCUCCUCCUCAUCCCAUUGGUUGUGGGAGUCUCCUCUGCCUUGUUUGUGGGCAUCGUCAUCAUCGCAACAGUAACCUGCUGCUUCAUGAAGCGACUGGCGAGGCAGCGCGCUCAAAAAUAGGCGUCCGCUGUCUGAAAUCUGAAUGUUCGUUAGGAGGCGCAAACAGGUGACAGAGAGAAUAUAAUGAAUGAAAUGGCCAAGAAAUAACUUCAAGACAAAAUGAAGGGAAAAAUGACACAUUGUUAGAUGAUUUUCUGUGUUUUGACCUACCUGUUUAACAAUCAAUGCCAAAAGAUUCUGUUUUAUAUUCUCUUGUAUUUUUAUAUCCAAACCUUUGAAAACACCAUAUUUUAGUGAUUGCUGCAUCACGCACCAGUAGGUGUAACAUCCGAGAUUUUUGAAGCCACCACCCAAUGACCCCUCUCCACUCCUUAAGUGGGCAAAGACUCACAGUUUUUUGGAGUCUGUUUCCAGCCUAACCCAUGUUUUUAAUGACACAAGCAGUAUUUUUGUGACAAGGUCAAAAGUAAAGAAGGUACUGCAGGUUUGUUUUGAGCCUCUCAGAUGUGAGGAAUCUCACAGAUACUGUAAAAGUGAAAAUGUAUUGUUUCUGAAGGUCAAGCAAACUGCCCUCUCAGAAGUCAUCGUUGGAUUGUUACAGUAUAGAGCUACCAAAUAGUUCUCAGCCUGUCAGAUGUUUUGUAUGAUGCUAGAUGGUACUAUUUUCACACAAACAAAGAAUAUUCUGUGUUUUCAGGUCCAGUUUUUCUUUCCUCAAACUGCAUGUUUUUCUUUUAUUACAAAAAUGUCUAAAUGUCUUUGCAUGGUUUAAGCCUCUGGCACUGCCACUGACAGUCACAUGAAUGCUGAUGGGAGCAAUUUAGCCUCCAGAAACUUAAUAUGAGCAGGGACCUUCCACCGCCUGCAGUCCGGCACCACUCUGCAUGUAAACAAAGUCUGUCUGUUACUUAAUAAGGAAGGCGCUGGCUCGGGACUUUCUGAUGCCAAGACCAAUUGAGUAUCGAUUCUAAACACAAGCAUUCCUCGCCUGUGACGCAUAAACGCUGUAGUGAGUUUUCAAUACGGACUUGUAUAGAUUUGACAAAGAGAAAUGGAAGAGAAAUCCAUUAUGCACUGAGCUAAAUAUUUAAGUACUGUAUGUAGUUUAGCUGUUUUAUUUUUCUUAAUGUAAGGAAGACUAUGCUGUCUUUGGCAAAGCACCUGUUUAACAUUCUGCAGCAGUCUGUUCUGCUCUUUUUGAAGCACUUGGACAAAAUGGGACUGGGACCAAAGCCCCUUGGUAUCCUUCAUUUACUUGAUUUUCUUCCAACUGAAAAGUCACUUCUUUGCUGUACUUGAGUGAUUUUUUAUUUUUUUUUGUCUUUGCGAUUAAUGGUUCCUUUGCUCUUUUCAAGUGACUGAGAUAGAAAAACAGUACUGUGUAAAGAAUCCCAUUUGUUACACUGACUAACAGAAAACCUGUUGUGUUGUGUCACACUGUUAAGCAUACUUGUCCCCAAGGUGAACAUUUCUUAGGCAGUGCAGUUAUAUGACUUUCCUUAAGUCUCACUAUCAUCAUCAUCAUGUGGUUCAGGCCACACAUUUCUGCUGCCAAGACCUAUUAUGACUAUAGCCCCUACUGCUAGCCCACAGAAAUCUGUUGGACAGAUUUACUGUGUCUGCACACUUAUAAUGAGUGAAAUCCAUCCUCCUCUUCCUGUUGAAAAUAACACUUAAGAACAUUUUGGUCAUGCGACUGUGCCCGCAUUCAUUUAAAGUUAGAUACGUGUUUCGUGGAAAGGAGGAGGAAAGUAAAAUUUGUUGUUAUCCAGCUCGUGGCUCUCUCAUGAGAUUAUUUCUGCUUUUCUAAAUUUGUUUCCACUGAGCUGUACUUUACUUCCUCAGUCUUACUGUCUGUCUCCUGGUUGGUUUUCGACGUGAGUCCCUCUAAAUCUGACUGUCCUCCCUAACCUGUGCUCUCUACACCCCGACUAUAAAUGUUGUUCACGAACAUUAGGGAAUAAAAAUCACAGCUUUGCUUGCUUCCUGAGCCACUUUGUUCCAGAUCAACUACUCAAAGCUGAUUUGUUCCCCCACAUACCCACCCACCACGAUCUCACACACACACACACACACACACACACACACACACACACACAGCAGCACAGUGUUGGCUGGCUGGCAUUUCAGAUGGAAGUAAGUGAGUAUCUGCGUGUUCAUCUCUAAUCCCUGUUUAUGGAUGCAGUGUGUGUCCCGCUGCCCUUCCCCCUCUGUGUGGCUUGCAUACGAUUAAUUUCUGUUCCCUGAGAAUUACAGCCAGCUGUAAAAAAGUGUAGCACAUAGCGUGCAAAGUACAAAUGCUGCUGUCUAAGUUUGUGCUUUUGUUUCAAGAUUUAUUAAACGCUUUCAUGAAAGUGUUAUGUUCUGUUUGGAUUGUUUACUCAUGCUCUGAUACCACUGUUUCUGAAUGCAUCUUGCUGCCAUUGAAAUAUAUAAAGGUGGGUUAUUGCUCAGUUUGUUUCUUAUGGUGCUUUGGCAAACCUGCCAGUUGAUAAACCAAUAAACCACUCUGGAUUUCUAAUGUCA